GGAAUAAGAAAACACGAAGGCUUUCAUUUCAGAAAAAAUCAUAAUUUUGUAGGCAAUACUUUCAUUCAUUAGUAGGCAUUCAUUGGAGCUUGGUUUACAAUUUUUUGCAGUGCAAGUGGAUUUAUCAUGAAAAUUUUUGUAUUUUUUGUAAUACCCCUGCUUGCCUUGACGAAAGGAGCUCCUCAAAUGCAGCCUGGUAUGGGUCCUCCAAUGGGAAACAUGGGACCACCAAUGGGAGUGCCAAUGGGACAACCAAUGAACAACAUGGGAAAUAAUUACGUACCUCAGCAGUACGUACCAAACAUGCCUUAUGGUAUGCCUCAAAACUCCCAAGGUGUUCCAGGAGCAGGUUAUGGACAAUACGGUCAAUAUGGACAGUAUGGAAAGUAAUUUUUGAAAAACAUGGUUUCAGGAUGAUCAUUUCUGUUGUAACUGUAAGAAUAGUAUAUAUAGUUAUUCUUCUGUUUUAGUUUCAUCUGAAAAUCUGUUAAAAAAAGUUGCUUGCUUUCUACUUGGUUUCAUUCUAAAUGCAUUUGUUUUUUGAAGCAACGAAUGAUAAAAAAAUAAAAAAGGAAUUGAAUGGUG